AAACUAAAACAAGUUCCUUAACUUCCUCUACCUUCAAACAUUCUCAUUCUCUCUAUAGUGAACAGUCCACCAACAAAAGAAAAGCAUAUAGACAUCAUAACCACUUGGCCAAUGGCCAUGUCCCUCCACUCUGUGGUUCCAACUCCUGAAGAUAGCACUGCUACUACUACUAUUUCAAAUCCCAUGGAAAUGGUGAAACCUCAUCAUGAUUACUCUUCUUAUCUCGCUUACCCAGUUCAGCCCCAUGCCCAUUCACAGUCCUUUCUACAGCUGGCCUUAUACCCCAUAACUUUAAAGUUUGAAGAUGUUGUUUAUAAAGUUAAGCUUGAGAAAAAAGGUACAUGCUGCGGAGGAGCAGCAAGCACAAAGGAAAAGACUAUACUGAAUGGGGUGACAGGUAAGGUUUGCCCAGGAGAGAUACUGGCAAUGCUAGGUCCAUCAGGCAGUGGUAAAACCACCCUCCUCACGGCUCUCGGAGGACGCCUUACCGGGAAACUAUCAGGAAAGAUCACAUACAACAGUCGCCCAUUUUCUGGUUCUAUGAAAAGGCGAACAGGAUUCGUGACCCAAGAAGAUGUUCUUUAUCCUCAUCUCACUGUGACUGAAACACUCUUAUUCACUGCUAUGCUAAGGCUACCAAAAAGCCUGACUCAAGAUGAUAAAGUCCAACAUGUGGAGCGAGUUAUAAGCGAGUUGGGGCUAACUCGGUGCCAGAACAGCAUGAUAGGUGGCCCACUAUUUAGAGGUAUUUCAGGCGGGGAGAAAAAGAGGGUGAGCAUUGGUCAAGAGAUGCUAAUCAACCCAAGUUUGCUGUUGUUGGAUGAGCCCACCUCUGGUCUAGACUCCACAACUGCCCAGCGGAUUCUAACUACAAUUAAACGGCUUGCUAGUGGAGGCCGAACAGUGGUCACAACAAUUCAUCAGCCAUCUAGCCGGCUCUACCACAUGUUCGAUAAAUUAGUCUUGCUGUCUGAGGGCUCCCCAAUCUACUAUGGUCCUGCAUCUACAGCUUUGGAGUAUUUCUCAUCCAUCGGGUUUUCAACAUCCAUCACUGUGAACCCAGCUGAUCUUCUACUAGAUCUUGCUAAUGGAAUUGCACCUGAUUCCAUGCAUGAAUACGAUCAAGGUGAAAACACAGAGCAAGAGCGGAAGUUAGUAAGGCAACAACUCGUUACUUCUUAUGAAACAAAGAUUUCAACAAGACUGAAAGUUGAUUUAUGCAGUCUAGAUGUUAGCAACCAUAACCAUGCAAAAGAAGCUUUGACAAGAAACCAUAUGAAAUCAGAACAAUGGUGCACAAGCUGGUGGUAUCAGUUUAAGGUGCUACUUCUCAGGGGGGUGAGGGAAAGAAGAUUUGAAGCCUUCAAUAGGCUUCGAAUAUUCCAAGUAAUAAGCGUUGCUGUCCUUGCCGGACUCCUAUGGUGGCACACCCCGACAUCCCAUAUUGAAGAUCGUAUUGCAAUGCUUUUCUUCUUCUCUGUUUUUUGGGGAUUCUACCCGCUCUACAAUGCAGUUUUUACUUUUCCCCAAGAAAGGAGAAUGCUUAUAAAAGAACGGUCAUCUGGGAUGUACCGUCUCUCCUCUUACUUCCUUGCAAGAACCAUCGGAGACCUGCCACUCGAGCUUGCCCUCCCAACUGCCUUUACCUUCAUACUCUAUUGGAUGGGUGGGCUGAAACCUGAUCCAGCCACGUUUGUCCUUUCCCUACUUGUUGUACUCUAUAAUGUCCUUGUAGCCCAAAGUCUUGGAUUAGCCAUCGGUGCCAUACUUAUGGAUGUCAAACAAGCCACAACUUUGGCCUCGGUUACAACCCUGGUUUUCCUUAUUGCCGGAGGAUAUUAUAUACAACAGAUCCCUCCAUUCAUAGUAUGGCUAAAGUAUUUGAGCUAUAGCUACUACUGUUUCAAGCUUCUUCUUGGGGUUCAGUAUAAUAAGAAUGACUUGUAUGAAUGCUCAAAAGGGGUCUACUGCCAUGUUGCAGAUUUUCCAGCUGUCAGAUCAGUGGGAUUAAAUAAUCUACCGAUAGAUUUGUUGAUUAUGGCACUGAUGCUGAUUGGUUACCGACUCGUUGCUUAUAUGGCAUUGCAGAAGGUUCGGUGAAGUAAGUUUACUUGAGGACCAAUUUUCUUGGAGGAAUGCUAUUUGAAGAGAUUUGCCAUUUUGUCGGAAUAGAAAUAAUAUUAGAUUAGAUCCCAUAUUGCUACAACUUUGAUCAUUUUCCAGAGAUGUAGAUGUAUCACCUCCCUUGUGGGAAAUAUUUACAUAUACCUAACUCAGCAAUUUGAAUUCAAGGAUAAAAAAGAAUCCUCGAUGGAUUUAUA